UUUAAAAUUUACUAACCUAAAUGUAAACGAACAGUAGUUUUAUUUUUUUUGAAAAUAAAAACUUUAGAGCAAGAGAGAACGUAAUGAUUAUAAUCUUUGGCAUGCAAAGAAUCUAAGGUAACGCUUGAAUUGAACUUGAAUUCUUCUUUAACCACACUAGGUUUGAGUAAGCACGUUAACCACAACAGUGUAUGUGUAAGGUAUUUUACCGUUUAUUGUGUAGGAAUAUUGUUACAAUUAUCAACAAUAUCGACAACUGUAUAUUUGUAUACAGAAAACUGAUUGGAAUUGCAAAUAUGGAGACGAGUAUGUACAAAAAUAUUGUCACUGUAAUUCGAAAACAUAGGGGCCUUUCUCAAGAUUGUAUGUCACUUUUAAUACAACAAUUUCCAGGGAUUAAUACAGACACACUUUAUAGCAUAUUGUCUCUGGAAUACCAGAAACGAAUGAAAAUAAAUCAUAUAAAGAACCUCCCAAAUAUAAACAAGUAUUGGGAUAUAUAUCAACAAGCAAUAAAAAAGUCAGGAAAACCUGGAAUUAUAUUGAGGAUAGCAGAACAAUUUGAAGUGUGCCCGUGUUUAAUUGCAAAAUUAAUUUUGCAAAAAUAUAUUGACGAAUUCAAUUUUGGAGAACAGUCACAAAUCAAUAAUUAUUUAAGAGACACAAGCUUAAUUCCUGACGUAAAUUUGUCACAUGAAGUUUUUCUUUGUACAAUAUAUGACAACUUAUACAGUCCACUCUCAGAAACAAUGAAACACUCCCUAGGACAAGAAUAUGAAAUUAAGUUACAUAAACUGGUAGUUGACUUAAAUUUGGCGUUUCGUGACGAAGAACAUUUAAGGAGAUAUGGUUAUGACAAGACUCCUGAUGUAAAGUUAGAUGUACCGGUGGCGAUUGACGGAUUCGUGAUAAAUUGGAUAGAAAGUAAAGCUUUAUUUGGUGACCAGGAAGUUCAUCGGGAAUAUACGCGAAAUCAGUAUUUAAGUUAUUGGAACAGGUUUGGUCCUGGACUGGUCAUAUAUUGGUUUGGAUUUCCGAAAAGUAUUCUCGAGGCAGAAGAAAAACGAUUUAUUAUUAAAGAUCACAUGCCUUCCAAUAUCGUGCAUAUUAAUUAAUUGUAGGACUUAUAGAUUGUAUAGUUAUGUAUAUAAAUAUAAAAUCGGCUAUAUUUUCUUA